GGAUACCUCCCAGAUAUCUUGGGCAGGAACAUCUGCUUGGGUGCAGGGUGAAGAGCAUGGAGAGGUGAUUUGAAGAGAAGGAACUGCCUGUGGGUGCCUAAACCCGACAUUCUGAACACCUAAACCUGAUAUUCUGAGCGCCUAAGCUGGAUCUGCUGAGCACCUAAUCCUGAUCUGAACAUCUAAGCCUGACAUCCUGAACAUCUAAGCCUGAUAUUCUGAUCAUCUAAGCCUGAUAUUCUGAACAUGUAAGCCUGAUCUGCUGAGCACCUGAGCCUGAAAUCCUGAACCUAAGUCUGACAUCCUGAACAUCUAAGCCUGAUCUGCUGAACACCUAAGCCUGAUCUGCUGAGCACCUAAGCCUGACAUCCUGAACAUCUAAGCCUGAUAUUCUGAACACCUGAGCCUGAUCUGCUGAGCACCUGAGCCUGAAAUCCUGAACCUAAGCCUGCCAUCCUGAACACUUAAGCCUGAUCUGCUCAGCAUCUAAGCCUGACAUCCUGAACAUCUAACCCUGAUCUGCUGAGCACGUGAGCUUGAUCUGCUGAGCAUCUAAGCCUGAUAUUCUGAGCACCUGAGCCUGAAAUCCUGAACCUGAGCCUGACAUCCUGAACAUCUAAGCCUGAUAUUCUGAGCACCUGAGGCUGAAAUCCUGAACCUAAGGCUGCCAUCCUGAACACCCAGCUGAGCUGGAAGGUGGAGGGCGAUACCAAGGCCCACUGAGCAGCCCAUCACAGCAACCCUUUGGGACUUCUUGGGAUUGUAAUCCUGGGAAAAACUACAGCAAAUCCAGUAGGAUUCUGGAUUCUAAACCAAAAUAAAAGCUACUGCCAAACUUCCAGCAGAUCUGCACUGGGACUGAGGCUGGGCAAAGCAUCUGAAGAAGCAAACUGAGGAGGGGCCCAAGGAGACCUUUCCCUGCUCGCUCCACCAUGAUCUCUGCCUGAGGGCUCCUGGCCACGUGUGGAGGAGGCAGAAGAAGCCUCUGCAAGCUCUGUGAGACCAAAAGCGAGGAAAUAUUUUUGGAUAAGAGCGUGGGUUGGUGGACCUUCUUGAAGGAUGUCUGGCCAGGACCCUGAGGACUUUGGAGCAGAAAUCCUGUCGGAAAAAUCCCGGAUGAUGCCCGGGCUGCCCCCGUAUGACAUGGAUGAGCAGCUCCUACCCAGGGAGCCCCGCAGCCCCUGGUGCUGCCUGGCCUGGACCCUGGUGAUAGGAACCAUGAACUCCCUGGUGUUCCUCCUGAAUUUGCUCCUGAUGUUUGUCAUUUUCACCGUCGUGCUGCUCCCUACCAUCGUGGUGGUUUACUUUGGCUUCCAGUGCCACUCCCAGGUGCUGCACUCCUCUGCCCGCUACUGCAAGAGCAUCCUGGACGACAACAGCUCCUCUGCCCUCAUCAUCCUGGGCUUUGUCAUCAUGUCCCCGCUGCUGGUGGUGGCCAUGGCGCUGUACUGCAGCCUGGCGCGGCGCCUGCAGCUCCUGGUGUGCUUCCAGCCCUACAGCCUGGCCCUCUACAAGGGGGGCCGCUGCUGCUGCCCUGGGCGGGGGGCUCCGUGCUGGGCCAGGGGCCGCGGCGGCCAGCUCAGGGCCUGGGUGUGA